CACGAAAGGAUGUCCGGCUGGAAACGCGGACCGCCAUGCGUGUUGACAGCUGCUGAAAACAACAAUCCUGCCGCUGAAAUUUAAGAGAGCCGUGAAAUGAGUCUUCUACCUCGAAGCGCAGAAGAGUUCAGCUCUGCGGAAUAUUGGGACAAGUUCUUUAAGAGCCGUGGAGACAAAGCUUUCGAGUGGUAUGGAGAUUACAACAAGCUUUGCGGCAUUCUACACAAAUACAUCAAAGUUCAAGAUAAGGUGCUGGUGCUUGGCUGUGGGAACUCUGAGCUGAGCGAACAGCUGUAUGAUGUUGGCUACAAACAUCUGACUAAUAUAGACAUCAGUGAGACGGUGGUGACCCACAUGAAUCAGCGCAAUGCUGCACGCAGGCCAGGGCUCAGCUUUCAUCGGGUGGAUGCCACCCAAACUCUGUAUGAGGAUGCCAGCUUCCAGGUUUCUCUGGAUAAGGGGACCCUGGACGCCAUGGCGGCAGAAGAAGGAGGUGCUUUGGCCCGCAGAAUGCUUCAGGAAGUGAGCCGCGUCCUCAGCGUUGGGGGGCGAUAUAUCUGUGUGACUCUGGCUCAGGAGAACGUCGUCUCUCUGGCGGUGGAGCACUUCGUCCACAUGGGGUGGGCGGUGAGGCUUCACUGCAUGCAGGAAGAGAGGGGAACCGCAGAAGAGGACUCCUUUGCUCUUCCCGUCUUUGUGCUUGUCUGCACUAAGUUCCGUCAGCCCAUGGCCACGCCCCCUCUGGAGAUGUGCGUUGGGGACAGUGGAGCACCUGUCAGGCACACACAAGUGUGUGAACUGUUGUCGGCUGUCAGGGAGCAUCAGGCAUACGCUGUUUUGAGAAAGAGGCUUCGCACAAGUUUGAACCCAGACUCAAACCUCUCGCUGACGCUCUGCCAGGCAAACAGUGGCCUUCCCAGAUACACACUCACAGUGCAAGACAGUCCUGCAGGCGCCAAAACACCACGAUCUAACCAGUUUGCCAUAUUUAUUGUUCCUCGAGGCAGUGAGACAGCUUGGCUCUACAGCUCGUCUGAGGGCAGAAGACAGCUGGGAGCCAACGCCAACUUCCGGCGACUGGUCAUUGUUGCAAUGCACAGAAACCAGGAGUACACAGACAUGCAAGCGGUCCAAGCAGAGCUGUCGCCGGUGGUGAUGGACUUGGCUCCCCCAGGCAUGCCUGCCAACCACCAGGUUCCUUUUCUGACAGUAGGAGGGGACCUGGGAUGGCGAGAGGAGGUCUUCAGGGGCCGGAGUCAGCUCAGCGGGGAGUACUGUGUGGAGAACGUUCGAGGGGAGGAUGGAGAACCCUAUCGCAGACUGGUCUUCCUGUCCAACAGCGCUCUUGUCCAGUCAGAGAGCCGGCUGCUGUCCUCAGCUUCAAGACACAAGAAGAGCAAAAAGAGGGCGAAGGCGUCUGCGGCGGCCUCCUCCUCCUCCUCCUCUCUGUCGGUGGACAGCGGCUUCCUCUGCUGCGCUCAUCAUCAGGUCAUGGUCGCCGCUCUUGCUUUGCUUCAGGAGGGAACGCGACACGACACAGAUGUCCCGGUGUCCGUUCUCCUGGUGGGGCUCGGUGGGGGCGGCCUGCCUCAGUUUCUGAGGGAUUUUCUUCCUGGAGUGUCAGUUGAAGUUGUAGAACUGGACCCUGUCAUGCUGGAAGUGGCAACGCAAUGGUUUGGGUUCAGACCAGACAGUCGUUUGACUGUGACUGUUGGGGACGGCCUGGAACACAUCUGUGCUCUGGAGAAAGAAGGUGGUCGUUUGUUCGACGCCAUCAUGUUGGAUGUGGACAACAAGGACUGCUCUCUGGGGAUGAGCUGCCCCCCUGCUGCCUUCGUGGAAACCCCGUUCCUCCAAAAAAUUCACAACUUGCUGACCCCCAGAGGUCUUUUCAUACUAAACCUUGUGUGCCGCGACCCGGCUCUGAGGAAAAGCGUCCUGGAGGGCGUGAGCAGCGUCUUUCCCACAGUCCUCUCUCAAAAGAUAGACCAGGAAGUCAACGAGGUCCUCCUGUGCUUCCAUGACCAGAAGGACCCCGCCUGCAUCCUGACAUCUUUGGACAAGCGUGCGCGGCGCCUGCAGGGCGCCCUGAGCUCCAGCACAACCCCAGCCUGCUGCAGAGCACAGAUAGACAUCUCAGAGCUGUUGAAGGACCUGGCCGUGGCGUGAAGCCUGUUGGGCCAAGUACUGUGCUCCCUUCCAUCAGAGUCCAGACGGCGUCCUCAGAUGGAGGCCUGAGAUGAUGUCAAUGUCAUGUUUGGUGUCAAAUGCAGUAAUGCAGCAGUAAUGCAGCAGAAAUGA